AUGGAAAAAGUUCACACGAUGACUCCGAUCUGCCCGCUCGUGCAGUUCAUCGAAAUGGACGACUCCAAGAAUUUUCUGAAUGCUUCGAACCAAAAGCUGAACUCGCUGAUCGGAAGUUCGCUGCUUCUCGCCAAGAGGACCACGACGGUAAAGGGUUCUAUGAAGAAAUCGUCUAAUUAAACUUUUCCUUCAGGAAGCUUUGGUCCUCAUUCUAGAAGGAUUGACGAUUGGCUCGUAUAAGCGAUACGCUGGGGACCUUCGGGAGGACAUCACCAUCUCCGACAUCGUGGAGUCCGCCGUUCACUUUCUCAGAUGGAAGAGUGUGAGUUGCGAUGCUUACGUCAAGUAGAAACUGAAUCUCAUUUUACAGGGUCUCUCGAACAUCGCUUAUCUCCAUGACAUCGUCGUCGAAAACAGAAGUUCCGAAGAGCAAAAGUUCCGGAUCUACGAGAUGUUCAACCUGUUCCACCUGUCGCUCACCGCCCACCACCGCGCUCCACCGAAUCUGAAAACCGCUUGGGUCCACAUGACCCUCCUGGCCUCUCUGAUGCAGGCGAUCUACCCGACGGCCAGUUUUUUACUGAUAGACGUCCAAUUGAAAGUAGUUCUUUCAGAAGUACGACGCCACGCAGAGCUCGAAGGAGAUUUGCUCGGAUCUCAGCAAGUUCACGGCCGAGCUCAUCGGGCGCGUCGUGGACAUAUUCGAGAAGACCAUCCUCCCGAGACGCAAAGUGAAGAAGACAAUGACACAGACAAGUUCCGAGACAAAAAAUGGCCGUGGGGGCCUUUCGGUGAGAGCACCUCCUAACAGUUCGAAUCAAUGAAUGCGUGUCAGGACGAAGUGAAGGAGCGGAUUCUUGAAUUCGCUGAAAAGCAGGGUCCGGCCAAGUCGAAAGCGUUUGCGAAACGGGCCCAGAUUGAGCUGGAGUUGGAUCCCGGAUGCGUGAUGCAGAUCUACAAUUUCAUAGUCAACCAUUACAGAAGUGAGCUCUUUAUGGUCUGCUCUACAAUCGUUUUUCAUUUCAGAAAAGAAGCAAACCGUUUCUCCGUCGUCGUAG